GGUCUGGAUGUCCGCGCGACCCCCGGCCACACCAACGGCUGUGUCACGUACGUCCUAAACGACCGCAGCAUCGCGUUCACCGGAGACGCGCUCCUCAUCCGAGGCUGCGGCAGGACAGACUUUCAGCAAGGAAGCUCUGAGUCUCUAUACCGCUCUGUGCACAGUCAGAUUUUCACCCUCCCUGAUCAGUGUCUGCUCUAUCCAGCCCAUGAUUACACAGGUCAAACGGUCACCACGGUGGGUGAGGAGAAACGACUGAAUCCACGCCUCUCCAAAUCCCUCUCGGAAUUCAUCGCGAUCAUGAACAACCUGAACCUGCCCUAUCCCAAACAGAUCGAUGAAGCCCUCCCAGCGAACAUGGUGUGUGGCCUUCAGGGUAAUCCUGAUGAGCCGCACCGAUAAAGAUUCCGAACAAUACUCAUAGGCCGCUGAUGAUGUGGUGAGGUUUCGACACUCCCGGUUCCUGUCCGAAAUGUUUUUUUUAUUGAAAUCCUGUCCCUCUCUGUCUGUCUGUCUCCUGAACAAUAAAGGAGAUGCAGGCUUUGCUCUCGUGUGUACA